GCUGCUGCUGCAUGUGUGGGUGUGUUAGUCCCCUUGGAUGAGUGCACACGGCCGAGGAUGCAUCAGGGAGCAUGAGUUCUGACCGAGAGCAGCAUGAUAUGAUCUGUCAGAAAGCCGUGACCCUAAUUGUUGAUCUUUGUCUGCACAACAGCACAGUGCUGGAUCAGGACACCUGUCAAGAUUUCCUCUUGCUGCUGUCCGGCCAGACAUCUGACCGCAAAGACCAGGACGUUACUUUUGGCCUCCUGCUCGGUGUGUUUGUGGUUUGCGGCCUGGCUCUGCUGGGUCUUCUCACAUUCAUCUCCUGGAGGCUGUGCUGGCUGCCUUGGCGGAACAAGGCCCAUUUCCACAAUCCAGCUCUCAGCCCGGCCCGUGGUCCAGACCAGCGCCCGCUGCGGCCGUCGGUCCAGCUGCCCAGUCCCAACCAGCCAGUGAUCACCAUGGCAACAGAGAAGGCGAAGGACCCCAUGGACUCAAUGGGUUUCCUGGAGGCAGCAGUGAAGAUAAGCCAUACGUCUCCCGACAUCCCCACUGACGUGCAGCUCUCCAUGAGGGAGCACUUUCUACGCCGCACGCAGCGCAUGCAGAGACAAACCACCGAACCUGCUUCCUCCACCAGGCACAAUUCUUUCAAAAGACACCUGCCCAGACAGAUGCAGGUAGGAAGUCUAGACCUGGGAAAUGACUAUAUGGUGGAGAAGGAGGAAAAGUCCACCAGCAUCGGCCGCAUUCAGCCAGAACUCUAUCAACAAAAGGCUUUGGAGUCAGAAGACAUGUCCAAAAAUGGCAGCAACAAAAACUGUGGCAGAAUUAAUUUCUCCCUCAAGUAUGACUAUGAAAAUGAAUGCCUGCUGGUUGACAUCCUCAAAGCAGUGGACCUACCAGCCAAAGACUUAUGUGGUACGUCUGACCCUUACGUUAAGAUCUACCUGCUGCCUGACCGCAAGAAGUUCCAAACACGUGUCCACCGGAAGACGCUCAACCCCACAUUUGAUGAACGCUUUCAGUUUUCCGUGCCUUAUGAGGAGCUGGCUGUCAGGAAGCUUCAUAUGAGCAUCUUUGACUUUGACCGCUUUUCACGACACGAUAUGAUCGGUGAGGUGGUGUUGGACAACUUAUUCGAGACAUCAGACCUCUCCAGGGAGACAAACAUAUGGAGGGACAUCCAGUAUGCUACCAGUGAAAGCGCUGACCUCGGGGAGAUCAUGUUCUCACUAUGCUAUCUGCCUACCGCGGGAAGACUCACGCUAACUGUCAUCAAGUGCAGGAACCUCAAGGCCAUGGACAUCAACGGAUACUCAGAUCCAUAUGUCAAAGUGUCACUCAUAUGUGACGGGAGACGUUUGAAGAAGAAGAAGACGAGCAUUAAAAAGAACACUCUGAAUCCCACCUACAAUGAGGCCAUCAUCUUUGACAUCCCGCCCGACAGCAUGGACCAUGUCAGCCUACACAUCUCUGUCAUGGACUACGAUUUGUACGUACAACCAAACGUAGAGACUGAGCUAGCUGGAACAGUAACUACCCUUGUCCAGUCGAUAUUAUGGCUCACCAAGCCAGACUAA